GGCGCGCCGAGAGCGACACUAGGAACGUCGGAAGCCGCCGCGUCGCCGCCGCCGCUGCGACGCUGACCUCGGCGCCUGGACCAUGGGGGCUCCCGGGGGGAAGAUCAACCGGCCGCGGACGGAGCUGAAAAAGAAGCUGUUCAAGCGGCGCCGGCUGCUGAGACGGGAGCGGCGGCGGCGGCACCAGGUGGUCGGGGCGGUGCUGGACGAGGGGCUCAUCACUCGCCAUCACCUCAAGAAGCGCUCGUCGAGUGCCCGAGCCAACAUCACCCUGUCUGGGAAGAAGCGGAGGAAGCUUUUGCAGCAGAUCAGGCAUGCCCAGAAGGAGAAGGCUGCCAUGGAGGUGGAAGCUCCCCCGAAGCCAGGCAGGACCACUGAGGCGCAGCCUAGACGGCAGAAGAAAAGGAAAGCUGGAGCUAUCCAGGAUGUGGAGAUGGAAGACCUGGAAGCUGGCAGCUGAGCCCCCACGAUCUCAAAGAGGCCAUUCCUUCCGUUAGGACAAGGAGGCAGAGCCCCCCACCCAUAGGCAGCUGCUGCUCGUUCUUUUAAGUUUUGGAGGCAGUCAGGAUUGUGUGAUUUGCCCAGGGUCACACGGCUAGUAGGUAUCUGAAGCUGGAUUCAAACUCUGGGGCUAAUACACGACCCAUUUUGCCUCCCAGGUGCCCCCCUCCCCCCAUAGGCUUCUAAAAGGACAUGGCCCUGACCUUUCCCUCCCCUCCCCUCCUAUGUCUCAUUCAAGUCCCUUUGCUUUGAGAGGGGAGCUUCAGAUACUGUUUGCUUUGCUUCCUGGGGAGGAAAGAAGGGAGGUCCGUGGCUCACUAGUGAUAACAGUUUGUAAUAAAGUUGUUUGAGUUCUGGUUGGA